AUGCAGGCCACGCCCGCCUGGCCAUUGAAGACGCUACACCGCGAUCGAGCUGCCAGGAGCCCCCUGGCGCCCGACCCACUGGUGGACGAGGUGGUGGACCGCCUGCUGGACCGGCUGGAGGACUGCCGGCGCAGCUUUGAGACGGCGGUGAUUCUGGGUGGCGCGGGUGCCAAGGUGGCCGAGCGGCUGGCAGGCGGGCGGGCGGGCAUCAAGGAGGUGGUGCAUGUUGACACAUCGGAGGCGAUGCUGGAGCGAUCACGGUCGCACGCAGAGGCCUCCAGCAGCGGGCGGCAGCACCCCGACACCCGCUACGUGCACUGGCCGCCCGCCUCCGAAGUGCUCCCGCUGGAGCCCGCCAGCGCCGACCUCGUCAUCUCGUGCCUGGGCCUGCACUGGGUGAAUGACGUGCCGGGCGUGAUGGCGCAGUGCCGGCAUGCGCUCAAGCCAGACGGUCUGCUGCUGGCGGCCAUGUUUGGUGGGCACACGCUGCAGGAGCUGCGCAUCGCAUGCACCGUGGCGCAGCAGGAGCGGGAGGGCGGCGUGUCGCCGCGAGUCUCGCCGCUGGCGCAGGUGCGGGACGCAGGCAACCUGCUGACGCGUGCGGGGCUGGCCAUCCCGGCGGUGGAUGUGGAUGAGAUCCAGGUGCACUACGCCGAUGCGGUGCAGCUGGUGCAGCACCUGAGGAGCAUGGGGGAGUCUGGCGGGCUGAUCAAGCGGCGCCAGGAGCUGCCACGCAGCGUGGCGCUGGCCACAGCAGCGGCGUAUGCCGGGCUGUUUGAGGAGGAGGACGGCAGCCUGCCAGCCACCUACGAGGUCAUCUACAUGACGGGCUGGGCGCCACACCCGUCCCAGCAGCAGCCCGCCAAGCGGGGGUCGGCGACGGUGUCGUUUGAGGACUUGGCCAGGGACUUUGGGGAGGGCGGCGGCGGCGGCGGCGGCGGCCAGGGUGGUGCCCAGAGCGGCAGCGGCGGCAGCAGCAGCAGCAGCAGGCCGCCAGAUUGA